AUGGCUAUAGACAUUACGAGAAAACGUCGGGAAAUGGAAUCGAAAAUUCAAGAGACGCGAGUGCUGCAACUCACGUUAAAAAUUCUCAUGAUUGUUGGCUGUUGGCCACCAGAUUCCUGGACAUCGUUCCGAAAACGCACGAUGUAUAACGCAUAUACGGUUUUCGUGAUUCUACUGUUAUUUACAUUUAUGUUGGCUCAACUGAUGGACAUCAUUUUCAACGUUGACAAUUCUGACGAAUUCGCGGAUACCUUCUACAUUAUGCUCGCCAUGGUGAUUUCCUGCUGUAAGAUGACCGGUCUCUUAGUCAAUCGCAAGAACAUAGGAACGUUCACCGAUAUCCUCACUGAGAAACCGUUCAUCCCGCUGGAAACUGACGAGGUGCAAAUACGACGCAAAUUCGACCGAACGAUAUAUAACAAUACUCUCUAUUACACGAUAUUAGUCGAGAUGACGUGCGCAUGUAUCGCGGUAAUAUCGUUGUUCACGGAUUUCCGCAAAGGUAAUUUAACGUACAGGGAAUGGACACCAUAUAACUACUCGUGCAGGAUCGUGUUCUAUGUGAUAUACACUCGUCAGCUAAUAAGCUCGACGUUCGGUUCUAUGGUAAACGUGGCUUGCGACAGUCUGAUCUGCGGUCUGUUGCUACACAUUUGCUGCCAGCUCGAGAUACUGGAGUGUCGGCUGAGAAAAAUCUCACUCGGCCGUAGCAAUCUACGUGAAUGUGUACGUCAGCACGAGCGUAUAUUUAAGUUUGCGCUUUUGGUGAACGAGAAAUUCAAAGUGAUCAUCGCCAUACAAUUCAUUGUGAGCACGUUGGUGGUGUGCUCCAAUUUAUAUCAACUGGCAAAGGUCACGUUGGACGCGCAAUCUUUUCCACUCGUAUUGUACACGUGCUCCAUGCUGACGCAAAUUCUCAUUUACUGCUGGUACGGGAAUGAAGUUAAACUAAAGAGUGUUCAACUGGCCCCCCACAUCUUCGGAGUAGAAUGGUUGUCAUUGGACAAAAGUAUAAAAGAGGGCAUGAUAUUAAUAAUGAAACGUGCGUUAGUGCCGAUCGAAUUUUCCAGCGCGUACAUCCUCACGAUGAAUCUCGAGUCGUUCGUAAGCUUGCUCAAGACAUCAUACUCAGCUUACAAUAUACUGCAACAAAAGCAAGAAACGUAA